AUGCCAGACCUCACUGCCGCCGAGCUCAGCAUUCCGGCCGAGCAGCACCCCGAUCCCGCAAAGCCACUGGUGAUACCCGUCGACUCAACAGUGGUAGGCUCUACCCUGCGCUUCAUUCCGUGGUCUGUGGUGGGCAAUCCGGCCCUCCUCCAGCUGCCCCCUCCUCCUCCGGGGAUGCAACCGUCGUGGGUCCAGAUUCCGCAGUGGGUCGCCAUCAGUGCGCUGCUCCCCUUCAGUGAGCCCGAGCCCGCUGUGGCCACCCACUUUGACAGGCUCAGCGUCUUGCGGCUGGCCGUAUUGGCCGCGGCUUGGCGCCGCAUCCUCGGUGCCUUGUCCGACCUCGGCGUUUUCAGCACGGUGCACGUGGAUGAGGAUGCGUUCCGUACGGUGUGCAUCCAGGCUCUGCACUCCCGCCAAAUCCCGGUGCCCGAGCUCUAUCUGCAGUGGGGCGAUUUGGGGUACUCUGAGGCUAUCGUGCCCUUGGGACCAGCGCCAUCUGCAGAAGCGAAGGCCGUCGACUUCUUGCAGUACGCGACGGUCGGGGCUCUUUGCGACCCUACGGCCGACGUCCCGUUCGCAGCCCUGUCUGACAUGACCCGCUGCUUGGGGCCCGUCUUCACGGCGGCGGCGCGCGUCGAUCCCAUGGGGAGCGCCGUCGUGGGGGCUGCAUCGCUCGCCGCCGCCGCUGGUCACAUCACGCCGCGAGCGAGCGAUGGGCAUCCCGCCCUGCUCUCCCGGCAUGUGCUCAGCAUGCUGAAGACUACCCGCUCGAGUUUCCCGGCCUGCCUGAGGACCAACUCCUUUCAGAACUACUCUGCGGAGGUUGAGACUCGCGCCGAGUAUGUGGGCGGGACCGCCGUGGCGCGCGACCGAGUGGCCGAGCAGCGUUGCUCGCGCGCUAUUGCAGCCAAGGCGCCGACGCUCGACUCCCUGCUCCGUGCGCUGCCUCGGCCAACGCCCCCGUCGGUCGUUUAUGAAGCCUACCGGCAGCUCGUCUCGCUCUACUUUCCGACGGAUCGGCGCCCUAUGGACCUGCUCCUGACUGAUCUGGAUGCUCAGCUUCACGCGCGGCUGCCCACCUACCAACACGCGCUGACCAACGGCAAGCCGUUCGCCUCGAUCCUGGCGGGGUUGCGCAAGCUUCACGAAUCGCUCGAGCCCUCGAGGAAGGCGCCAGUCAUGACUUCGACAGGCGACUCCGAGGACUGUCUCGGCGUUGGGCAAAACGCGGUCCGCAAGAUUGGCAGCAUCGACCUCUCCACCCCGACUGGCCCGCUGGAGGUCAUCAAGGAGGUGUUCCUGAGCGAUUCAAUGAUCUUGCAGCGCUACGUGAUCUUCCAGGAGGCCGCGCUUGCCACCAAGCACGAGAUCUUCGGCGUGAUCCAAGGAGUGCGUCACCAUCUCGGACGCUACCUCGGGUCGGUCGUCGCGAUGGAGAAUGGCAGCGUCCCGCCCGGCCUGGAGGACUUUUCCUUGGGGGAGACCGAGAGGCUGAUGCACGCGCAGCGCGUCGCCGCCAAGACCACAUCGCUUACUCGCUUCGCCGACCCGCCGCUGAUGCCCAAGCACGAGCUGAUGCUACGGGGCCACUACGCGUCGGUCGACCUCUACAACGCCCCGGGAGGCGCGAGCGAGCCCGCGGCGCUCAAGGCAAACAAGAAGGGGCACAUGGUCGAGGCCGUGGCGGUGUCGGCGCAGUUUCGCGACGCUCACGUGCUCCGCCGGGUCCAAGCCUUCUGGGGCCCCUUCUUCACCGCUCGCGGCUUCAAUGCGAACCCGAGCAGUACCCACCACACCUUCCACUCGUUGGCUUGCUGGGUGCUCAAGCAGCAACUGGAGGAGAGCGGGCAGGAGCACCGCGCCCUGCUGCGACAUGCACAGCCCGCCAACGCGAAGUUCGACUACUUCUGCGCGCGCGGCACGACCGCGCUGGGGAAGGAUCGCCCUGCCACAGCUACGCGAGCGACGCCAGCUUGCGAGACGUUCAAUUCGAGCAUUCGGGCCGCGCGACCUAUGGAGACGCAGCCAGAGGCAAGCGUGGGCGCUGCCCAAGCGGAUCGCCGGCAACUAGUGCCGCCCGCGCCUGGCGCGACCGCCUUCAAGCGCGGGCGGCCCAUCGCCCUCAGUGGGGGAGACCGCGACACCGGUGACGGAGCGCAGUUGGGAAAGACGUAUGGUUCUUGCACUUGUGCAAGAUUGGGCGUCUUCUGCCGCAGUCCCUUUGAUGGGAGGCCCCAGGGUGGGGGCCACCUCGAACCCCCGGCCAGGGAUUCGAGCGGAGGGUGCCCCGGAUUCAUCUAUCCGUUGGGCCCCGGCACCUAUUUUAGAACUGAUCACUUUGCGCAGCAACCGUCGGCCGCCGCUUUUUAG